AUGGUCUCUCUCUCUCUCUCUCUCUCUCUCUCUCUCUCUCUCUCAGCAGCAGCAGCUAGAGCCAGCAGAGCAGUCCGGCCUCCUCAUCAGCAGCAGCCAAGGCCAGCAGACAUCAGCAGCAGCCUCCGGCCUCCUCAUCAUCAUCAGCAGCAGCAGCAGCAGCUAGAGCCAGCAGAGCAGUCCGGCCUCCUCAUCAGCAGCAGCCAAGGCCAGCAGACAUCAGCAGCAGCUAGAGCCAGCAGAGCAGUCCGGCCUCCUCAUCAUCAGCAGCAGCAGCAGCUAGAGCCAGCAGAGCAGUCCGGCCUCCUCAUCAGCAGCAGCCAAGGCCAGCAGACAUCAGCAGCAGCUAGAGCCAGCAGAACAGUCCGGCCUCCUCAUCAUCAGCAGCAGCCAAGGCCAGCAGCAGCAGCCAAGGCCAGCAGACAGCAGCAGCAGCCUAUCCUCGGCUACAUGAUAUGCACUAGCCUAUCCUCGGACUACCAAGCUGCGAUCCUGCGCGACACUCCACCCAAGGACGAACUGACUACACCACAGCACUGUGCGCGUCGAUCCUCUCUCUCUGCAAGCGCCGACGCACCCUUUACUCAAGUACAGACAUCCAGGGAUCGACUGGACCUCGGACAUCCCUGUUUCCAUUCGGCCUACCUCCAAGCAGUCGCCUUGAAACCUGACAACGCUCCUCCAAGACUACACGACCGAACUACUACAAACGAUUAUCUGUAUAUAUUCGUGCCAGAUUUAUUUAAUAAAAUUUGGCUUAAACUUUUACAUCCUCGUUUUUGUUGUCCUUGCUUCGAUCGUAUUAUCUUAUAUUAUUUUUCCGUUUGCGGGGUUAACAGUCAACCUGCUUAG